AUGUAGAUAUAUCAUAUGGAAAAGAGUUAAAAAAAAUGUAAAUAACUAAAAAAUUUGAAUAAAUUGAUGCUAAUCAUCAUAAACUUUUAUGUGAUGCUAACUUAAAUUAAUAUUUACAAAGUGUUACAAAUAUAAAAUUUUUCAGGUAUACCAAAAGUCUACUAUGUUAAUAUUUAAGAGAAUAAAAUAUCAUGGUCAUUGAUUGGCUUGAAUGCUCUUUAGAAGAUUUAUUAAAUUUUUGGAAUAUAAAAUUUAUACUCAAAAUAUCAUUAAUCUGUCAUUCAUUCAUAACAAAAAAUUUAUAUCCAACAAUGUCCUUCUAUAUAAUUUCUUAAUUGUUACAUUUUAAAUAUUCAUAAAGUGUAUUUGAUUAAUUUUGGUUUUACAAAAAUAUACCUUUUGAAAGAUGAACAACAUAGAGACUAUACAGAAGUAAAGUCUUAAACAAUAACUGCAAGAUAUGCUUCUAAAAGUGCUUAUUUAGGCAGAAUAGGGAAGAAGACAUAAUUUAUAAAGCUUGGGAUAUAUGCUUAUACAUUUUAUGACAGGUUCUCUACCUUUAGAAACUUGAAAACUACACAUAAGAAUGAUAAUUAUAAGAAAAUCAAAAAAAAAAUCUUAAAAUAUAUGUAAAUUAAUUGA